AUGAAGGGCUGGGGAUUGCUGGCACAGGCCACGGUCCGUGAGAUGCGCCGCUCGCAGCUCUGUGCCUGGCUUCUCUCGGUGCGACGCCUGGCGCAGCGGCACUCCAUGGGCCAUGGCGCAGCGGCGCUCGCGGUGAGUGUCGUUCUACCCAUCGAAGUGAAGGACAGCAUCGAUGGCUUUGCACGUGCUCAUGCAAUUGCUGAGUGCGCCCAGCGCCAGCUGAAGAGAAGUGAGGGGCUGCUAAGACAGUCGGCCCUGGCUGCUCUUGUGGCAAGGUACGUUCACCCAGCGGUGAUGCAAGCCGCAGAAGCGGGAUGUGUGGCCUGCUACACGGAAAUUCCCACCGAUGAUGUGGCAUUGCAGGCUCUGUUCGAAGUGGUCAGCUCGGAACCGCAGCAGACCAAAGAGGUUGGCGCGAUGCUCUGUGCGCACUUGGCCACGGAUGGAUUUCAGGCCACAAUGGUCUUGGCACGGGGAUGGUUUGAGUGCGGUAUUUAUUUUUCAUAUAAUUAUGAAUUAUAG